UUCUUGACGCCACUUCUGGUCCUUUUAGCGCUACUGCCUGUUCAAAUACGGAGACUUUCCGUGUACAUUUAAUUGAACCGUAGCGUUUUACAAAGCUUUAUUUGCCAGCAUUUAAAGAAUUAAACGUUUGCCAAAUUUAUAUUUGGCAAGUUAAAGGUCGGUGGAAUGGUUUGGUUUAACGGUGAAGCUUUUCAGGCUUACUUAGCUUAGCAUAGCAAAGGUCGCUAGCCAAGACACGCAUUUUUACUGUAAAUGUCGGUAACAGGUAGUUUAGAGUUGAUUAACAUUUUGUGUGAAAAUGUUUGAAAAAAGUGUGAAAGAAGAAGAUUACGCCGAGGAAAUGCACCGGAGCAAAGAGAAGGACCAAAGAGGAGUGGACGCUGUUUGCAAGAAGCUUCAACACAAAGCAGAUAUUGGUCCCGAGCAGACCGGCAUUAAACAGGAGGAGGAGCCAGAGAGCAGCUACAUUAAAGAAGAAGAGGAGGAGGACGAAAUCACCAAGUUUCCAUUGACGAGUGUGAAAAGUGAACAAGACAAAGUUCCAAGGGAGGCGAGUGAAGGAGCAGAGCCUUCAAGCAGCAGUUCACCUCAACAACUGACAACAAAAGACGUCACUGGAGAAGAUCUUGGUCCUGAGCAGUAUGAGCCCAACAUUAAAGAAGAAGAGGAGGAGGAUGAAAUCACUCAGUUUCCACUGAAGCUCAGCGUGAAGCGUGAACAAGAUGACGGUCCAGUUGAGACGAGUGGAGGGGGGCAGGCUUCGAGCUCACGUCAACACCUGCCAAAUGAAGAUGAAGGGGAACAAUGUGAAGGAUCACAAGCAGACAGCCUCUCAGCUCCACUCUCGAAUAGUGACGAUGGGACGUCGUACUCUUCUGACUAUGAUGAUGAAGACUCUAGCGAUGAUAUGGAGUUUCACCCUCACAAAAAGCGUGCCAAAUGUUCUUCUAAGUCUUCACUGAAAAGAGAGACAACAAAACACAUGAGUGGGAAAUCUUUUGCCUGCUUAUUUUGUAAGAAAAUAUUCCCCAGUAAGUCACGUUUAACAAAGCACACAAGAGUCCACACAGGGGAGAAACCUUUUUCUUGUUCAAUUUGUGGUAAAACAUUCGCUCAGAAGGAAAAUCUGAAAAAGCACACGAGAACACACACUGGAGAAAAACCUUUUGCCUGUUCUGUUUGUGGUCAAAGAUUUGCUCAGAAAGAAAAUUUAACAUCACAUGCACGAACACACACUGGGGAAAAACCUUUUGCCUGCUCAUUUUGUGGUCAAAGAUUUGCUCAGAAAGGAAAUUUAACAACGCACACAAGAACCCACACUGGGGAGAAACCUUUUGUCUGCUCAGCCUGUGGUAAAAGAUUCUCUAAAAAAACACAUUUGACAGAACACACAAGAACACACGCUAGGAGUUCUUCAAUAUCCUUGAUUUCAUAGAUUUUUCAGCUCUUUUAGUUUUGUUGCAGUUGUUCGAUAACUACACACAGCAUAAAGUCCAUUGUUAAAUGAACUUCCGCUGAGUUUAUUUUAGCACUUUUUCUGAGUUUAUAUAAGUGUAUAGCUACCCACUCUCUGAAGUUAAAUCCACAUUGGGGAAGAGUAUAUUUUUUAACUAUCUAAGCAGAAUUAAUUAACACUACAGGAGUGGAUCUCCUCAAUUAUUUUCCCUCUCAGUCAGUGUUAGUUUGACUCCAUAAAAGGGGCUUUCAACACCAAUGAGAGAAUUCUUUUUAAAAAACAUUUGUGGGAAAAAAAAAACGUUCUUUUGAGUCCGUGACCUUUACCCUUACAAAAACUUGAUAUGCAAACACCUUUCACCUUUUUAUGAUCCCUUAUCCGUUUUUCAUUCAUAAAAUUGGCCCAGUAUUGCAUUUGUGGUCGAUGAUGUUUAAAGCCAAGCACAAGCUGUUUAAAAAAUAUUUGAAACAUUUCAAAUGGUGCCCAUCAAAACAUUUUCAAUCACAAAAGAGAUUGUGGCAUACUUGAAAAGACCUGUUCUCAUCUAGUUGGGUCGUAGAAUAUGGUCUUCGAUGAUAAGUUGUGUGUGUACUCGUUAUUUGCAGUAAAAUGAACAAUGACAUUCCAGUGUUUUGUCAAAUAGUUCAUGUAC